AUGGUCAAGGCUCAACGGCAGGAGGCAGCCUUGCCAGAAAAGCCCAUGGCAAUGGUCGUCCACCCUCAGGCGGCACAAGCAAGUUCAACACUCUGUCCCGUUCAUGGCAACAGCAUCUCUUCGCAUCCCAGGAGGGUCCUACGUCAAAACAGCUCCACACGAAACAGCUGCACACAGAACGUCCAGAUGGCUAUGGGAAAGUCUCCCGCGUGCUCUUCUAGUAUUUCCACCACCAGGACGUUCUUCGACUUCUACGGUACCGGACAUCGACCAAGAGAUACAACGCCAUGCAAAGGUAGCAGAGCCAAGCACCUGACCGACCAAAUCUCCACAUCUGCCAGCCACCUCUCUACGAAGAGCGAGACCCCCAUCACCUGUAAAAAGCUCGCUCCAUCUCCCCUUCGCAAUACAACACAUUCUUCUGCUCCGACCCUCUCAACCAAACCUCUUCAUUCCACAAACCGAGAGCAGGCCAAAACAACCCACCCCUCGACUCCCUCACUUCCCCGCCCUCCCCACAAAAAGCGCAAAAACAUCUCACCCCGCACGCGCUUUUACCAAGCAAGACCGUCUCAACCCCAACCACCCGCACGCACCCCGACCUCCACAUACCAGCCCUCGCAGCGCAAACCCCCCCAACAGGCUCCCCGAAAAACCAUCCAACCUCCCCUCGCACAAGCAGCAUCAAGCCCAGCCGAGCCCGAUCCCCCACCGCCCACGGCCGCUCCGACCUCGAAUCCCCACAUCGCCGCCCGAGCCAAACCCAACCCAACAGCAAACCUCACCGAAACCAGCCCGACGAAGCUCCGGUACGCCGUCCCCAUCUCCACCACACACACACACACCCGGCGCCGUACUCGUACGUCCCACCAUCGCGCCCCGAUUCCGGAUGCGAAGUCGGAACAACGCCCGGGACUGGGGCGGCAUCCCGAUCCCAAUGAGUUCACCCUCUAA